GAUUAUGCCACAGGAUGUGAUUUUUCUCAAGAAUGGUUUGGACAACAACCGCUACAUGUAAUUUCUGCUGGUAAUUUCUUUGCGCACCAAAACUGGAAGGCAAAUGCAGUGAUGGUGGAAGGCAGUGAUCUGACGGAGAAUGAGAGGAGACGGGUUAUUGAGCAUCUGCAGACGGGGACUGAGAUGAUGGUGUAUCAGCAGAGGGUUGAGAGACUCACUGUCCAGGUCAUUAGAGAGAGCACGCAGAUGGCCUUGAUCCGCUCUGACGACAAGAUAGUCCGAAUGUUGGACAUUUUUGAGUUCAAGGAGGUUCGCCAGUGGGAGACAUUCAGGGACUUCCAACAAUUUAAUGAAAGCAGGGGGAGUAGAUUUCGGAGAAUCUUUUACCAAUCUGAAAAAGAGCUUCAGCAGGACAGCAGAAAGUGUUUGACUAUCUUCUAUGGAUCUGAGUUUAUUUUAAAAUCGCUGAGCCUUAAAGCUGAUUCAGUGGAGGAUGCAGAAAGAUGGCUGACAGGACUGGAGUUACUCAGACAGGAGACACCGGCAACUCACACACCAGAGAUUGUAGAAAGUUGGCUGAGGAAGCAGAUGUACUCUGUUGAUCAAACAAAGAAAAACAGCAUCACCCUGAAAGAGCUGAAGUCUCUGUUGCCACAAAUGAACUUUAAAGUACCAGGUGGACGUUUUCUGGAGGACAAAUUUGUGGAGGUGGGAGCAAAUGAUUAUUCCCUGGACUUUCAGCAGUUUUCUAAAUUCUACAAUCUAUUAAUAUUUGAAAACCAGAAGAUGUUGCUAGAAGAGUUUGAAAAGGGGCCUGCGGCUUUUAAAAUAAGUAAUACUGAUAGUCCUGAAUCUUCUGUAGUUUCCCUCUAUGAUUUUCAUAACUUUCUGUUAUAUCGACAAAAGGAUACCUGCGCCAGAAAUGUUAACCAGGUUCAGGAGCUGAUGACCAUUUUCAUCGAAGACACCAUAAGGAAGACAAUAAAUCCAACACUUACUGUUGGAGAGUUCCUCAGUUUUCUCUUCUCCAAAGAGAACUCAAUCUGGGAUGAGAAGUUCUCAGAGAUUUGCCCACUGGACAUGAACAAUCCUCUUUCUCACUACUGGAUCAACUCUUCUCACAACACAUAUUUGACUGGAGAUCAACUGUGCAGUGAUUCAUCGAUAGAAGCUUACGUGCGCUGCCUGAGGCUGGGGUGCCGCUGUAUUGAGUUGGACUGCUGGAAUGGUCCAGAAGAACCUGUCAUAUACCACGGACGGACCAUGACCUCCAAGAUAAAGUUUAAGGAUGUGGUGAAGGCCAUCAAUGAUCAUGCUUUUAUAACAUCUGAGUAUCCUGUGGUGCUGUCCUUAGAGCAACACUGUGAUAUCAAACAACAGAAAAUGAUGGCACAGAUCUUACAAGAUAUUUUCCAAGACAAGCUUCUGACCGAGCCGCUGGAACCAGAAGCAGAAGAUCUACCCUCACCAAACCAGCUGAAGGGCAAGAUCAUCAUUAAGCACCAGAAAAUAACAGAGAGCGAUCAAACAGUUAAGCUAGAAGAAGAAAGAGGAAACACAGCUGUGAAGAGAAAAUUAGACAGCUUCAAGAAAAUCGGAAACUCUUGCAGGGAGAAGCAGAUAAGAAAAGCUAGAGAAAACCGUGUAGUGGAGAAGGAAGGAGAGCUUUGCAUCUGGGAUCCAAUAGAUAAGAGGUUUUACAGGCAUGACUGUGUGAUCUCAGAUAAUAAGCUGUACUAUUCUGAAGAGAAGUGGAAGGAAGACAGUCCUGAGAGCGACUCAGAGCUGCACCUGUCAGAGCCCUGGUUUCAUGGAUUUCUGGCUGAAGGCAGAAUAACUGCAGAAAAACUCUUGCGCGAUUUCUGUCAAGGCAAGAAUGGAAAAGAUGGAACCUUCCUGGUGCGAGAGAGUGAAAAGUUAAUCAGAAACUACAAUAUCUCCUUGUGGACGAACGGGAGAAUUCAGCACUACAGAAUCUUCUGUUCCUCACAGAAUGGCCAGUGGUCUUUCUACUUGACAUGCAAGCAGCUCUUUCCGAGUAUGUGUGCUUUGAUAGAGUAUUACACACAAAACCUGAUCAAGUAUGAUGGAUUAAAUCUGCGCCUCAGCGGUUUCCUGCCUCGACUCAAUUUUGUGCCUCUCCGCCAUCUGGGGUGGUUUUACAGUAACCUGAGCCAAGCUGAAGCAGAAGACUAUCUCCUGAGGAUCCCUCGAGAUGGAGCCUUCCUAAUCAGACAAACAGAAAAGCCUGACACCUUUACCCUUUCCGUCAGAUUUGACGGGGAUGUCGAACAUUAUCUGAUUUACCAAUACAACAGCAAGUAUGUGUUGACAGACGCCUACGAGUUUGGCAGCCUUGAAGACCUGGUUAGCUGUUUUCGUCGUGAGCUUUUCUACGGCAAGACAAAGCUACGCUACCCCGUAACGCCACAGUUAGCGGCGCGCUUCUGUUUGGUGGAUCUCUCAAAGUAUGAUUAUGAGCAGUACAGUGAAGUUUCUAAAGACAAUCCUUUAGGCGACCAGUGUAAAGGUGUGGUGGACAUCUCAAAGUGUACUGUUGCUUGCAAAGCCAAACAUGCCAGGCCCCUCGUGGUGACCCUUUUAAACAGGGAGAGUUUUAAUCCAACCGAGUUCACUUGUGAGAACGUGGAGCAGGUGGAUGAAUGGUACCAGGCGCUUCUGAACAUCAUCCAAAACGAGCAGAGUUUGGAGAAAGCGAGAAUAGCAGAAAUGGAAUCCAAAACCAAAAUAGCUGUUCAGAUGUCAGAUAUGGUGAUAUACUGCCAAUCUAUCAAGAAAAAGACUUUUGAAAAUUACAACUACAAAGAGGUGCGUUCCGUUCCGGAUAACAUGGUUCCGAAAGAGGGGAAUGAAACCGCGGUGGAGAAAUCAGACAGCAUUUUGGAGUAUAACCGCAAAGCGGUGACCCGUGUGUAUCCCUGCAGCGGGCGAGUUGAUUCCUCCAACUUUGAUCCUUGUCCUUCGUGGAAACUAGGCUGCCAAAUGGUGGCUCUUAACUUCCAAACUGCUGAUAAAUUCAUGCAGCUGAACGGCGCUCUCUUCAGUUUGAAUGGAGGCAUGGGUUAUGUGCUUAAACCAGAGUGGAUACGAGAUCCAGCCAAGAAGAAACCUGCUAAGCAAAGCAUCAUAAUUCGAGUGAUGGCAGCCAGGCAUCUGCCCAAUCCAGACCACAUCGUCAGUCCUUUCGUGCAGGUUGAGCUGUGGCCGUACACGGGAGGUCAAGCAGACGACUACAGUUUCAAGACUACCCUCUUUAAGGACAAUGGACUGAAUCCGGUGUGGCUGGGCCCAAUGAAUCCACCCAAAUGCUUUAAAAUAGACGAGCCAGACCUGGCCUUCCUGCGCUUUGUGGUUUUUGAGGAGGACACAUUCUCUGAUGCUAAGUUUCUUGCACAAGCCACUUUUCCGGUUAGAGGUGUUCGCUCAGGGUAUCGAUCUGUCCAGCUGAAGAACAGGUGCAGUGAAAACCUGGAGCUUUCGUCUCUUCUGGUGCACGUACAGCAGCUGGAGGUGUAAAGCAAACAGCCUUAACCACAAGGAAGUUGCAGACGUGUCAAUGUGGAUAUGGUGAAAAGGAGGACACUGUUUAGUCUUGGUCUGUUUUUGGUUUUUUUUUGCAAGCUACAUUCCAGAUUCUGGAUCAUAAAUUAUCAGGAACGCAGAGCAGUUACUGUGAUACUGAGAUCUAAAUAAACUGUAUAUAUAUUGCAUAAAAAUGUGUGGAUGCGUUCACAUGCUAUUCCUUUUCCCUCUAAUGGUUUCAUAACAUAUCAAGUUCCAUUUCUGAAGCAAAUGACUGUUAAUAAAGAAGCUCUGAAAGCUUUCUAUUUGAAACAAAUUCACAGACAGUUUAUUUCGAUUGAAACUGGUUCACAUAUUAGGCUUAUUUUCCUGUUGAAAUUUGUGUUCUCAUUACAACAGCCACAGAGCAGCAGCAGCAGCAGCAACCCAGCUGUAGAUAGAAGCAGAAAAACACAGAAGAAAUAAGAAAUAAGGGCAGCAGUUCUACCUGCAAAAACUCCGGGAGUUAUGGGAAAUGUAGUUCAUUCUGUAUGUACACAACUGUGCCACAGGGGCCGUUCGGACCCCGCCCACAUCAGAUUAAGACUCUGUCUCAAUUUAGCAAUCGCAAAAAGCACUUAAAAAAAUAAAAUAAAAAAAGCUGAAAGUAAUGAGACAUUAUAAUAUGUUGAAAAGGAGACAUUGGAAACACAAAUAGCACAGUGAGUUCCACAGGAUAUUACAAAUUAAUCAGGAAACAGUUGACUGAAGUACAAACUGGAUUUCAGCUUCAAUAGAUUAGCCAUUGUCUUUAAGAUAUGGCGCUUUUUUUUGUAUAAUUUGGUAACAAAAUGAAGGCCGAGGGAAACCCAGCCCCCUGAAUCCUUCCCGCCAGAGAAAAAUGGUCCGCUUUUCGGACUAAAGACCAUUACGAUGUAUCAGCUUGAGUUUCACCAGUGUACAGAAUGGCACAGUUUCUAGUCCACCUUAAUAACACAUUCCCAAUGUAAUCCAUCGGUUCACACCAACUCUGUCCAUCUUUCACUUUUAGAAACGCGUAUUGAUCCGUAUGGAAAGUGGUUGAAGGGGCUAGUGAUUUUACCCUUUAAGUUAAAUCUAUAUGAUUAAAUGGCUAACAUGCGAAAAGAAAAAGCGAAAAUGGAUUAAACUUAUCAUACAGUCAAAAAAACAAAGAACACAACGACAGUGCACUCGGUCUGGGGAUGGGAAAGGAAACGAAAACAGGCGACCGUAUGCACACAUCUAAAAAAGAAGAAGAAGAAGAAAAAAAAAGGCAACGAAGUACGAAGUAGAAUCUCCCAAAACCUUGAGAGAAAUAAACAGGAAAUUAUAUACACUAAUAUGUACAUUAUACAGUAUGCAACUAUGCAAGAUGGCAGAACACGAGUUGGUGCCAUUAUGGCACCCAGUACUGUAUGCCCCCCUCCGGACGGCAUCUAUAUCUGUGUGAAAUCAAACGCACACACAAAAGCUGGAACUACCGAAAACUGCUAUGUUCAAGACCUCUCUCUGGAUAUAGUUCAACGUGGGAGUAGCGACAGACACGCCUUUGUAAACAUAAGAAAAA